AUGGUGGUGGUGCGGCUCGGCCUUCGCCUUCGAUUCACGAAGGUGCCCGGCGUGCAGGGGGAGCGGGUGUUCCGCGACACGAUGACCGUGACAGACCCACACGACCACGGCUACCAGGACAUUAGCGACGUUGUGGAGAGGAAGCUUCGCUUCAUGGACGUUCCACCGUGCGACUUCACUGUCUUCCACAGGGACGGCAAGACGGGCGACACGGUCGUGGUGGACGACCCCUACUGGGGCGAGCUUUUGGCGACGUUGGUGGCGGAGGCGGCCGCGACAGCCGCAGGGCCGCAUAGAGGGACCGCGGCAGCCGACGGGGCUGCCGGUCAAGUUGAGGCGGAGGAGGAGGAGGAGGACGGCCCCAUCGUAGAGAAGGCCGUCGCGUUUGACGUGGAGGUGCGUCGCGAGCGGCCCUUGGAGCCGCCUUCAGGUGGUGCCCCGGCAGUGACUCUGCUGCCGCUGACCUCGGAGGCCCUUCAGGCCCAUACCACAGAUGGUGUGUGCCUUCCCAUUGCCGCCCUGACGUGUCCACCCAAGUACUCCAAUUUUUUUAUUCGUGGCGUGGUCAUUGCUAUGCGUUUCAAGACCCCAAAGCCCAGUGUGUCGGUGUGCGAGUUGGACCUCUGCGACCCGGUGGACCCACAGCAGCAAAUCAGCCUCAUGACGUUUGACGCUGCCGUGCAAAAGGCCAUCCGGGACAACCUGCGGAGCGAUCGCAAGCAGGUGGUGGAGCUGCGAAACGUGUAUGUUCGAGUCAAGAACGAAAUAGAUAGACGGUUUCAGACGAACGCGCAUCCCCUGCUGCUUCGUAUGGAUCGAGGUUCGAGAGUGGAGGUGGUGCAGGUGCUUCCACUCCCCGUCGCCCUACGUUCCGAGCAGGUGGUGACGGUGCGAGAGAACCUGCAGCCUGCCGGACUCGUCAACCUCAGUGAUCUUGCGGGUGCCUGUGACGCGUACAACGUGCACUCUAGCCCCGCUGCGCCAAAGGUGCACUCCUCGUUGGGCUCCUCCUCCUCCUCCUCCUCCGUGCAGAGCGGAGCCAGACGUACGAUGCUCUCCCUCUGCAGCGGUGCUUCCUCCGGUGCAAUACCGGUUUCUGGUGUGGUGCCGUCCCAGCUGGGCGAGCAGAUUAAGCGACAACAGGCGCAGUUUCUUGCCAAGCGGGGACGCGAAGACCCCGUGCACUGGGAGCCGGACACCAUUCGCGUAACCGCCAAGGAUGUGCGCAUGCGAGACGCCAUUAUGGAGCACGAGGCCUUUCAAGAGGAGAACAAAAAAGAUCGCAUCCGGCGGCGAAAGGAAGUCAGCCAAACUUGCAUUAUUUGUGGUGUCAACUGUGACAAUGAGGACACACUUCGGGUGGUGGAGGAUUUACUAAAAAACAGCACUCGCAACAUGGGACGGCAUAUCCCAUCGAUGGCGGAACUGCGUCACGCGUUAAGUGAUCACCGACGAACGCGAGAUGGGAAAGUGCAACAGCGUCUAACCUGUGCUCAACACUUUGUGGAUCUCCGCACACGCAGCGUACACGUGGUGCACUGUCGUUGCGCCCACCUCUGCACGAGUUAUCAGCGAGGGGCCGAGCUUGAGGACGUCGUCUUUUGCGAGUUGCCUAUGCAGACGUGUGAGUUGUGUGGAAUGCCUGGGGCGAGUGUGGCGUGCUAUCACCCCGACUGUCAUGAGAAGUAUCACACCGUGUGUGCCCUGUUUUCAGGCGGUUACGUGAACUUUGGAAUGAAGGACCCAUACCUCCCGUGUCCGGCCUGCCCGAGACACACACAAGUCGUCGUGACGGCGUCCGGCAAGGCGCCGCUGCUGAAUGGGCGAAGCACCUCCUCCUGGUGGGAAGAAGAUAAGGUGGUGUUUGACUCACGUGUGGUGGAGGACACGGACUUACGUGACCCGGACGAGAAUGAGGGGGCUUAG